AUGGCUGACACUGUCGGAAAGACCAUUGUUUGCAAGGCCGCUAUCGCUUGGGAGGCUGGCCAACCCCUCUCCGUUGAAGAUGUCGAGGUCGCUCCUCCAAAGGCCCACGAGGUCCGUAUCCAGAUCUUCCACACUGGAGUCUGCCACACAGAUGCAUACACUCUCUCCGGAAAGGACCCCGAAGGUGCCUUCCCCGUCAUCCUUGGUCACGAAGGUGCCGGUAUUGUCGAGUCUGUUGGUGAGGGCGUGACCAACGUCAAGCCUGGUGACACCGUCGUUGCUCUCUACACCCCCGAAUGCAAAGAAUGCAAGUUCUGCAAAUCCGGCAAGACCAACCUCUGCGGCAAGAUUCGCGCUACCCAAGGUAGAGGAGUCAUGCCCGACGGAACAUCUCGCUUCAAGGCCCGUGGUAAGGACAUCCUCCACUUCAUGGGCACAUCCACCUUCUCCCAAUACACAGUUGUUGCCGACAUCUCCGUCGUUGCCGUCACCGACAAGGCUGGCACCGACAAGACCUGCCUCUUGGGUUGUGGUAUCACAACAGGUUACGGUGCUGCCGUCGUCACCGCCAAGGUCGAAGAAGGUUCUAACGUUGCUGUCUUUGGCGCUGGUUGUGUCGGUUUGUCUGUUAUUCAGGGCGCGCUCAAGAACAAAGCCGGCAAGAUCAUUGCUGUCGAUGUUAAUGAUAGCAAGGAAGAAUGGUCGCGCAAGUUUGGUGCUACCGAUUUCGUGAACCCGACCAAGUUGGGCAACCAGAGUGUUCAAGAGAAGUUGAUUGAGAUGACUGAUGGUGGUUGCGAUUAUACCUUUGACUGCACCGGUAAUGUUGGCGUUAUGCGUGCUGCUCUUGAGGCUUGCCACAAGGGCUGGGGUCAGAGUAUCGUUAUUGGUGUCGCUGCUGCCGGUCAAGAGAUUUCCACAAGACCAUUCCAACUCGUCACAGGUCGUGUAUGGAAAGGAUGCGCCUUCGGCGGCAUCAAAGGCCGCUCACAACUCCCCAGUCUGGUUGAUGACUACCUGAACGGUCAACUCAAGGUUGACGAAUUCAUCACACAUCGCGAGGUACUCGCCAACAUCAACACUGCCUUUGAGCAAAUGAAGGCUGGUGAUUGUAUUCGUUGUGUUGUGGAUGUUCGUGCUUAG